UUAUCCACCUUAAAAAGCUGAAAAAGAAAAAGAAAAAGAAAAAAAGAAAUCUCUCUCUCUCUCUCUCUCUUUCUUCGUCGAUUUUACUAGAAGCUCCGGCUCACAAGAAUUCCCACCGGAGACCAGCUGUAAUCGCUUACUUUAACGGCAAAAUCUGGAAUUCCGACCGGCAUAUGCCCGUAUCUGGUAUGGGGAUGCCCGGAGACGACGACGUCGUUUUGAUCCAGAAAGGAAAGAAGGACGGAGACCCCCACGUCAUAACCGUGAAUUGUCCUGAUAAAACCGGUCUGGGAUGCGAUAUUUGCAGAAUAAUUCUCGAUUUUGGGCUUUACAUAACAAAAGGAGGUAUUUCGACCGAUGGGAUAUGGUGCUACAUAGUGUUAUGGGUGAUACCUCAUUCUAAUUCACUUAUUGUUAAAUGGUCCAAUUUGAAGAACCGCCUUCAAUCUGUAUGCCCCUCUUGUACAAUGUCAAUUUUGUUCAAACCGGAGUCUCCUCGCCCCAAAACCUCACCGAUGUACUUACUAAAGUUCUUUUGCCUUGAUAGGAAGGGGUUAUUACAUGAUGUUACUCAAGUUCUUUGCGAACUUGAACUUACAAUUCAAAAGGUGAAAGUAACAACAACACCAGAUGACAGGGUUCUUGACCUUUUCUUUAUAACAGACAACAAGGAGCUUCUACAUACAAAAGAGCGGCAAGAUGAGACAUGCGAACAGUUGCAUGCUGUAUUAGGUGAAUCAUGCAUUAGUUGUGAACUUCAGGUGGCAGGUCCGGAGUAUGAGUGUCAUCAGGGUAUCUCCUCCAUUUCUCCUGCUGUAGCUGAAGAACUGUUCAGACCUGAGCUAUCUACCAUAGAAAGUUCACAAGCCCUCAGCCCAGAUAUGUCAAAAUUGAAGGAAGCCAAUGCUACAAUAGACAAUUCAUUGAGCCCAGCUCAUACCUUGCUUCAGAUACAUUGCAUCAAUCACAAGGGUCUCCUCUAUGAUAUAUUAAGAACUCUGAAAGACUGCAACAUUAAGAUAUCUUAUGGUCGGUUCUCACAGAAUACCAAAGGUUAUCGAGAUUUAGACCUCUUUAUUCAGAUGAAGGAUGGCAAGAAGAUUGUUGAUCCUGAGAAGCAAAGUGCAUUAUGUUCUCGUCUAAAGAUGGAGAUGAUUCAUCCAUUGCGUGUCAUCAUUUCAAAUCGAGGGCCUGACACGGAACUUUUGGUUGCUAAUCCAGUUGAGCUAUCAGGAAAGGGAAGACCGCGGGUAUUCUAUGAUGUGACACUUGCUCUUAAGGCACUUGGGAUAUGCGUAUUCUCAGCUGAAAUAGGAAGAUAUUCAAUGUCUGGCCGGGAAUGGGAAGUGUACAGGUUACUUUUGGACGAGAAUUGCAUGUUUCAACUGUCGACCAUGGUAGCAUCGAAUCUGAUUGCAGAUAAAGUGAGAAGAACAUUAAUGGGCUGGUGAGGCGGUUCAUUUUGCUUGUGGCGGCUGCAAAUGUCCUUUGUCCUGCACAGCAAUUUGAAGGCGCUCGAAUGCUUACUGAUCCAUUUGUACAAUACGCUAAUCUCCACUCGUAUGUAUAUCCCCUUGGCUUGUGUUCUUGGACACCGUUGAUUUAAUAAAAAUGUGAAGCAUAGCGUUUUUUA